AUGUUUUUUUCGGAAUCCUAAAUUACCUUCCCUUACCAACAGGGCAAACCCGUCGGGACGCCUGAUGCGGCUGAAUACUUUCGUGUCUUGGCAGAAAAUUCUGUGAAUGGAUGGUUUGUAACCCCAAGCUCAAUGAGAGCACUAAGACGUGAAGACUACAAUCUGAAACAGAGCGAAGAGAUAAGAAAAACUGGUCUGUCGAACUUACGCGCAGUCUUUUUGGCCGGUGAGCAUUGUGAUGCCGAGACAAUGAAUUGGCUGAGAAGCCAUUUGCCUCCUGGAAUACCAGCUCUUGAUAAUUGGUGGCAAUCCGAAAGUGGCUGGCCUAUGACUGCAACUUGCCUGGGACUAUAUGCACCAAGCAGGGCCAUCGAAAAACCGACCAAGUUCCUGAAUCAGCCAACUCAAUAUCGUCCACGGGAACUGGCCGACUACGUUGGGCUGCCUAUUCCCCCGAUUGGAUCCGCCGGCUGUGAGGUGCCAGGCUACAAGUUAGAGAUGUUUGACACAGAAACCGUCCGUUCAAGUAGAAAUAGACAAGCUAUUGACUACGAGGAUGAGGUUAGUUCUAGUAGAGGGCCGUUGCAGAGAAUAUUGGUGAAACGUCCGAUGCCGCCUGGUUUCUCGCACACACUCUGGAAGAAUGACAAGGGCUUUCAUGAACUCUACUUCACCAAGUAUCCCGUGAGUCACUUCUGA